AUGGAGACGUUCACUCGCCAGGCCCAACUACCCACGGAGCUUCUGCGCCAGAUCGUGCUCGAGUACGUCUCGACGUACGACGAAGGGCGUAAAUUUGAGGAGCCUAGGCAUAGCUACAAACCUCCUUGGAGCUCCGUUGAACCGCUCACGCUGGCAUCCAAGGUCCUCCGGCAGCUCGCCUUGGAAGCAUGGUUUGAAGUGUACUACGUGCGUACACCGGAUGACCUGCUGCACGCAUGGCCCGAGUUUGAGCUGUGGACCAAGGAGCUGCACUGCGUAGAGUUGGGCACAGACCUCCGGAUCCUUCCCGUCCAGUGGGAUUUCCGGGCGUUCCACCGGCUCCGCAAGCUGCGCAUAGACUUCGACCCCAUGCAGUCUAACGCGAUGCUCCUCAUGCGCUUCGACCAUCCCAGACACAUCGCGUCUCAGAUACAGGAGCUGGAGAUAUACGACAUCUCAUGGCCCUCUCCCAUGGCCAUCCAUCUCAUCGCAGACGCGUUCCCCAGGCUGCGGACGUUGAAGCUCUCCCAGGAUCUCAUGUGGUGCAACCUCUGCAACAUAUGCCGCUUCUCCACGUUCCGUGACCACCCGCCAGAGGAGAUCACGUACGACAAGUCCGUCGGUCUUCCAAGCCACUACGCGACGUAUCUACGCCCUCUCAUCAAGCUUGAAGACGUUGUGCUCACGGUUGGCUACGGCCUUGGAGGGAGCUACUCCCUGUCCGAGAACAAUGGCAUCCUCUGGACCGGCGAGUGCGACGCGUGCAUGGACAUGAUGUUCUCCGUGGGAGACUUCAGACAGGACUGGGUCGAGAAGAAGAAGACGAUGAUGCGGCCUCCCUCGCUGAAGACAGUGAAGUGGCGAUUCCGAUACAAGAACGUCCUGGAUGUCGUCGUCGACCUCGACGAGGACGAAGACGAGGUCGCGCAGACCGCGGACGAGUCCGAUGCGGGGAACUUGACCAUCCCAGGCUCCGACGAGUAGUGCCGCGCUCAGAGCUCUAUUAGAGCCGUGGAUUCCUCAUCUCAUCCAUAUACACUCACGUCACUCGCAGCCGGCUGCUGAGCCAUCGUUCUUCCAACGGGUACUCACUCAAUGCAAUUCUUGCAUGGGUGGCGCACCCCUCGCAUGAAGCUAUUACCACUUGCACCCGAAUUCCUGGAGGCACAUAUACGAUCGCCUCAACUUGUGCAAUUCGCUCUCGCUAACUCAAAGCACGCAAUAGGGUGUCCAUAAUGUUCCGGCUCCUGCUCUAUGCCCCAGAAACACCUCAUUCAACUUGGACCUGCUCACAAUCAGGAGGGAACGUACUUCCCGGAUGUCGUCUUACGCCUCUUGGACUUGUCCUCACUUGUCGACGGUGGCAUCCACGUCGCUGUCCACCCCCUCCUCCCUCGUUCAUCGGCAUAUACCUCAGCUACUGGACUUUGAACACAUCUGUGAUUAUUGGGCGGCUCCGGACGGUUGCAGGAACCAUGGCCACGACAUUUACCUCGCCGGCAACAUAUUGGCGCCUUCUGCAUUCAGAGGCAUGCCAGUGAGGACCUCGCAGGAUCUCCCAUUGCCACGUUCACCGAUCUCGUCUUAUGUAGGCCACUUUGCACCGCAAAGGAUGGCGGAACAGUAGCCACGAUCGAUCACAUGGGAUGCAGCGCUUUCGUGCCUCGUCACGUGUAGCCUCGACACCCACUCUGCGGCUCUCUCAGCACAUACCCCAGACGCUGCAAGCAUUCCCUCCUCCUCGUCGCACGCCAGCUUGCACAGAGAUUGCGCCGCAGACGCAUCACAAACGCCUUGGCCAAUUCAAGCUGCGCCCGAGCAUGUACUACGCACACGUCCGCCACCAGAGCCAUAUUGGCUAGUUCAUGAUCAUGCCUGGGAAUAAAUCGCGCCCGUCACGCCUGGCACGGGCGCUGACGUCGGGAACUUGGCUCCACGGCGAAGUCAUGCUCGACUUCCAGACAAGUAGCGUAUCGAGUUGAGGUCAUACUAAGUGGCGUUCCUUAGGCUCUGCUUCGACUGCGGCCCCGACCUCAUGACCUUUGAUGAGAAAAUCUCCUUGCUUAUCCGGACCCUCGUAUAGCGGCGGGAGGUGGAGCUUCGCGCAUCGCUCACUUAUAUAAUUCCCAGGACGAUCAUGCCUUCCUGAAGUCGCCAGACGCGUAACUCAUAUCGCUUCACUUACCUCGAGCUCAGCUAUUUACAGCAAAGCCCAUGUUCAGCGUACCCAUAGUCACUGUCCCUAUGCUCGAAGUCCC